AUGGAGGAAGACAACCCUUUCAGCAAAGCUCAGACUGUCCACCCCGAAGUCAGGGCCUAUGUUUACAGUCUUGUCAAUGCCCUCGGUGGCACCAGCACGGACGAUGAUGGUCGCUACGUACUCGGUGACGACGCCCUUGCCUGUCUUCGCGACCUGAAACGAUGGCUCAAGUUAUAUGAUGAGAAAAACAACCGGCUGGACGUUGCCAGAUGCCUUGCAGAAGCCAAACUUGUGGGAGGAGAUCUCAUUCCAAUCCUCGCGUCAUGGGCGGAAGAUGGGAAUGAUAACAAAUUGAAGGCAAGAGUUGCGUUGGCAUGUCUGGAACUCCUCGUUCCUCUGACAUGGCCUUUGGAGACUGGAGGAGAAAUGACCGCGAAUCACGCCCGACAUACGCCAUAUCUCCAGCAAAUGCAGGUGUUGUACAAGGUCGCAAUACUGGGCUGCGAUACUAGCAGUAUUCUUCGCCAGGUCGUACGCAUUGGGCUACCCUCAAUUGCGGUCGCAAGGGAAGCCAGAACGAGCAGAGAUGAAGGUAUCCUCAAACUCAUGCUUUACCUUUUCCGGAAUAUUGCAGUCAUCCAGCAGCUUCCCAACCUGCCGAGCCAGGGAUUCGACUCCGAGGUCUCAAGAUCAGCAACCAUAGAGUCGUUCCGAGAGCAGGAUGUCUUCGCUUUGCUGCUUACCAUCUGUUCGAACAUGGGAGAAGACUUCGACCACCAGGACGUCAUUGUCCUCGACAUCAUCUUCAACCUGAUCAAGGGUGUGGAUCCAAAGAGUCUAUGGAUGACGCAGCGGGAACGGAAGGGACAAGGUAUAACAGAUCUCAGCACGGCACUGGCACUCGAAGACAGCAAGGCAAAGGAUGCUAAACGCCACCAGUGGAGUCGACACGGCCGGUUCGGUACGAUGAUCUGGGUGAAACGCGAGGACCAGAAGAUGUCUGCUGUUUCCGGACAAGAUAAUUUGAAAGACGACCAACAAGCAUUCUUCAACAUUGACAAGUCGAAGAAGUGGAAGAAGCCACAGCAAAAGCGUCGAGAUCUUGAUCAUACCAUCCACGAUUUCAACCGGACCACCCGACUUAGUGAUUCUGCGGCGGAGAAGCUACGCAAUUUCGUCGAGGAGUUUCUUGAUUCUGGUUUCAACCCAUUCUUCACCUAUCUACGUAAGGCCAUUGAGCGAGAAGCGGAGCGCUUGACCGAUGUCAACUAUCGCCAGUUCUUUUACGCAGUCGCAUGGUUUCUCGAAGCAGAGCGUGUGCGUAGAGAGACUCAGAAGAAGGAACUCAAGCCAGACAAGGUGCGAGCAGAUUUCGAGGACGAAAGUUAUUCUCUGGUGGCAGCGGUUCUCAACCAGGAAACCUUCAUCAUGCUAAACCGGUUCAUGCAAGUGUCGAUGGACAACAAGGAAUGGCAGGAUCUCAAUGCCAGCAUGCGGUGUUUCACACAAAUUCUGCUUACAGUACAGGAAAUGACUCAAAGCCGCUUGGAAGAAGAUCAAGAAAUCGCAGACAACAUUCAAAACCGCAUUUUCUACGAAGAGACGACUCAUGAGAGGAUAGUCAAGAUCUUGCGAGACUAUAAAGAUCAAGGGUUUGGCUAUCUUGAUGCCUGCACAGAAUUGUCACAUGUAUUUUUGCGCAUUCUGGAAAGAUACUCCAAAGAGAACGUUGAUUUACAGAUACGGUCACGACGACGAGCGAAGAAGCGCAAAGCGGCUGAAAAGCGGGCUACCCAACCAGGCAAUGAUCCUGCGGCCGAAGACGAUGAUCCAGAGCAUGAGGACAUAGUCGAUGCUGUCCAAGUCUCCAAGGAACGCAAGUUCGACUUCAAUCGAUUCGCAGCAAGAUUCUCCACGCAGCCAUCUGUCGACACUUUCGUAGCCCUGGUCACAUUGUACAGAGAUCUCAGUACUGAGCAGCUCAAACGAGCACACCGAUUUUUCUACCGAUUGGCAUUCAAACAAGAUCUGGCUGUGUUGCUAUAUCGAGUCGACAUAAUCGCCCUGUUCUACAAGAUGAUCAACGGCCCAGACGGCCUUGACACGAAGCAUUCUAUGUACAAGGAAUGGUCGGAAUUUUCAAAGCAGGUGUUCAGGAAAAUGUUCAAGAAACUCGAACAGCGACCGGAGUUGAUGGUGGAAAUGCUUUUCAGCAAGAUAAGCUCAACACUACAUUACCUAGAGUUCGGCCACGAGAAGCAAACAAUCGCAUCAACUCGGGCUCCUGCAUCACUGGAGAUUAAGCCUGCCCCGGGAAGAGACGGUGCGGAGCAGAUUGGAAUUGUGGUGACUGUGCUUUUGAAGGAUGGAAAGUCCGAACUUGUGCAGUGGGUCAAGAACAUGCUUGGAAAGGCAUUCGACGAGAGGCACGCUUGGGACGCCGAAGCUGAGGCUCGGAAGGAAGCGGCGAUCAAAGCGGCGGAUGGAUCGAAUGAGACCCUGCCUGAAGAGGUCGACAUCAGCCAACCCACUGUCUUCACACUCCACCAGACGUCUGAAGACAUAAAAUGGGCCAUGUUCAAGAACGGGCGCCUACGUUUGUUUAUGACUCUUGUUGAUUUCGAGCAACUCGGGGAUGAGGACGUGCUCGGGGCUAGUUGGAUCGUGCCCGCACACAUCACUGCAGACAAACUCACAGAGUCAAAGACAACUAUCGAACAAUACGAGAAAACACCCUGGCAGGGGGUUGAUGAAACUGAAGAUGCCGAGGAUAUGAUCCGACGAGCGCGUAAACAGAGCAAGAGAAGCUACGAUGAUGAUGAGGACGCUCCUCGAGAUGCAUUCAUUACUGAUUCUGAAGGCGAGGAAGAGUUCUUGUUCCCAGACAACCCACGGAGCAAGAAGCCUAGGAACAUAAUCGAAGAGCUGAAAGCCAAACGUAAGAGGAAGCGUGCUAUGGAUGAAGAUGGAGAAGACGAAAUUGAUGAAGAAGCUGCAGCCCGCAGAAGAGCUGCACGUGAAGCGGCUGCUAAGGAGCGGCGGCGCAAGAUCAAGAGUGAAGCCUACAUCAGAGAUAGCGACGAUGAAAGCGAUGCAGAGAAAGACAGACUCUUCUUUGAGCGGGAGGAGCAAGUACGCCAGAGACAAGAGAACAAUAUCCGCAACCAGAUGGCUUUGGGCAUCAGUGAGCAGCCAGCCAAGUCGCAUGCGAAAGCCAAAAAAGCAUCACUGCCACAGACUCAAGAGACAGAGCACGAUAGCGACGAUGACGUGCUGAUGCACGAGCUUGACGAUCAGCCGAAUGAGACUGCCUCAUCGCAACCUCAGAGGAAGUCAGGUACGGAUGAUGAGUCUGGUGAUGAGGAUACACCCUGGUCGUCGCAAAAGACUCAACCUCGUGCGUCGACAGUUGUCGCUUCGGCAAAGGAAGAAGAAGGAGGGUUAGGCGACAGCGACGUGGAUGAGGAUAUUGUGCCUACUGCACGGCGGCGGCAGAUUCGAGCUGGUUUUAUCAUUGACAGUGACGACGACGAAUGA